CUAACUUGGAAACAAAGUACAAAUUUUGUGAAGAAAAAUAGUGAGAUGUCAGGGCCACAGUGCUUUACCAAUCCACCAACCCUCAGCUCAACAGCUGGAUCUGGGAGCCUACAAGAGAUUGCAGGCAUUAAGACUUAUGUUUCUGGUUCCCAAGAUUCCAAGCUUGCCAUCCUUAUGAUUUCUGAUGCCUUUGGUUAUGAAGCACCAAAGUUGAGGAAGCUCGCGGACAAGGUUGCGGGCGCCGGAUUCUUGGUGGUGGUUCCCGAUCUGUUCUACGGCGAUCCGUUUAACGACCAAAAAUAUGCCACCGCAGUUCAGUCGUGGCUGGCGGCUCAUCCACCGAGCAGAGGAUGCGAUGAUGCCAGAACAUUAGUUGAAACCUUGAAGAACAUGGGAGUUUCCUCCGUAGGGGCCACUGGAUUUUGUUGGGGAGGGAUGGUGGUUGCAAAAUUGGCUAAAUCAUAUUGCAUUGGAGCUGCCGUUAUCUUGCAUCCCGGUAAAAUUUCAGUAGAGGAGAUUGAAGAGGUUAAGGUUCCAACGGCCAUACUAGGUGCAGAGUUUGAUCAUAUAUGCCCGGCAGAGCUGAUUAAACAACUGGGCGAUGCUUUAUCUACAAAGCCUGAGAUUGAUAGCUUCGUGAAGGUAUUCCCUGGAGUAAAACAUGGAUGGACAUUGCGAUACGAUGACGAGGAUGAAGAAGCUAUCAGAGUUGCAGAAGAGGCUCACUCGGAUAUGCUCAACUGGCUAACCAACUACAUCAAGUGACAAUUACAAGGUAGACUACUAAAGUACAUAAAUGGCAGUCGUUAUACGUCGGACCCUGGUCUUAUACGUCAUCGUUUUGAACUUUAAUUUUAACGGCAACCGUUUGUAUUUCAGUUCGCGUUACAUAGAUUUUUUUAACUGUAAUGCAUGUUUAUGUAUCUCAUGUUUUUGUGCCUCAUGUUACGCAAUUUUGUACAUUAAACGUAAGGAUUUUGUACUUGAAAUUGAUUAGUAGUUGUAGAACACAAACCAUAUUGUGUGUCUUAUUUAACGAAUUUAUGUCUUGUAUUACGAAA